GUCUAUAUAUACUGCCAUCCAGUUCAUUUGUAUUUGUCUCAGUGCUUUACAUUUAUCUCACUUCAAAAACACAUUUCUCUAGACUCUAUUCUCUCCAUUAGCAAAAUCUAGCAAUCUCUUCAUCAAUGGCUUGCCUACAAUUGUCCAAGGAGGCAAGCAAAUACAAAGGAGAAGAAGAGGAGUGCACUCUUGAUGGAUCAGUUGAUUACCAUGGUCGACCCGCAAUCCGAGAAAGAAGUGGUCGAUGGGUCGCUGGAAUUAUCAUUCUUAUGAAUCAAGGAUUGGCUACUCUGGCGUUCUUUGGUGUUGGAGUCAACCUGGUGCUGUUCUUGACGAGAGUUCUGCAGCAAGACAAUUAUGAGGCUGCUAACAAUGUUAGCAAAUGGACUGGAACUGUCUACAUUUUCUCUCUUGUCGGUGCUUUCCUCAGUGAUUCGUAUUGGGGAAGAUACAAGACGUGUGCCGUAUUUCAGGGCAUUUUCGUCAUUGGUUUGGUUGGACUAUCAGUGGCAACAAACCUUUUCCUACUAAGGCCUAAAGGUUGUGGGACUCCAGAUACACCAUGCGGAUCUCAUUCAAGCUGGGAAGUUGUGUUGUUUUAUUUUUCCAUAUAUAUGAUUGCUCUGGGAAAUGGAGGAUACCAGCCUAAUAUUGCAACAUUUGGGGCUGAUCAGUUUGAUGAGGAGAACAUGCAGGAGGCACAUUCUAAAGUGUCGUUUUUCAGCUUCUUUUACUUGGCCUUGAACCUUAUUGGUUCACUUUUCUCCAAUACCAUAUUGGUCUUUUUUGAGGACAAAGGACUUUGGGCUCUAGGAUUUUGGACUUCUGCCGGCUCUGCUUUUGCUGCAUUAGUCUUGUUUCUUGCAGGCACGUCAAGGUAUAGGCACUUUAAGCCGACUGGAAACCCUCUUUCUAGAUUCUGUCAAGUGUUUGCUGCUGCAAUAAAAAAGUGGCGAGUUGAAUUGUCUCCUGAAGAAGAGAAUUUAUAUGAAGUUGAUGGAAGCAAGGAUGGUUCGUCCAAUGGUGCUAGGAGGAUUCUUCACACUAAUGAAUUCAAAUUUUUGGAUAAAGCAGCAUUCAUCACAUCGGUAGAUUUCAAGACAGGUCUUUCUAAUCCAUGGCAGCUCUGCCCAAUUUCUCAAGUUGAAGAGGUGAAAUGCAUUUUAAGACUGCUCCCGAUUUGGCUAUGCACCAUCCUGUAUUCGGUAGUUUUCACACAAAUGGCUUCACUCUUUGUCGUGCAAGGCGAAGCUAUGACGAGUAAACUGUCAAAUUUUCGAAUCCCUCCAGCCAGCAUGUCUAGCUUCGACAUUCUCAGCGUAGCAACUUUCAUAUUCCUGUACAAGAGAGUUAUCAGUCCUCUGGUUAGCAGAUUCAGAAAGACAAAGACAGAAUCUAAAGGGUUCACCCAACUUCAAAGGAUGGGAGUUGGACUCAUAAUAGCAGUAAUGGCUAUGGUUUCAGCCGGAGUAGUGGAGGUAUAUAGACUCAAGUAUGCCCGAAAGGAUUGCUUACACUGCAGUGGCUCCAGCUCAUUGAGCAUAUUUUGGCAAAUCCCUCAGUAUGCUCUUGUAGGAGCUUCAGAAGUUUUUAUGUACGUAGGCCAAUUAGAAUUCUUCAACGCACAAACACCAGAUGGACUCAAAAGUUUCGGGAGUGCACUUUGCAUGACGUCAAUCUCCCUUGGAAACUACGUGAGUAGCCUACUCGUGACAGCAGUUAUGAAGAUAUCAACCACCGACCACAUGCCCGGAUGGAUUCCAGGAAAUCUCAACUAUGGUCACCUUGACAGAUUCUACUUCCUGUUGGCUGGGUUAACUGCUAUAGAUUUAGUGGCCUACAUAUUUUGUGCUAAAUGGUACAAGAAUAUAAAGCUUGAAAGCAAGUACGACGAUGAUGACAAAGGCAAGUUUGAAGCUUAAUAAUAAGAAAGCUUUUCACAGAAUCUCCGUUCAGUAGUUGAGAAACAUUAGACUCCUAUGAGAAUCUCUGUUUGCAACACUCAGACUUCAGUAUGCAGUCCUUGAACAGUGAAGAAAUAGUCAGAAGAAAGGGUAUAUCAUUAUAUCCUUUUAGGACUACAAUGAGUUCGUCGGUGUUUGUUGGCUGAAGGAACGUACAUAUAUCUCUGAAUUUAAUUUCGUGGUUUAGUUGUAUUUUCGUCGAAUAAACGUGCAUCUUAAAGAGUACUUUGUAAGAACUUGUAGCUUCUCUGCAGUUUGUGUUAUCUUGAAGUGUACUUCAAAUAUUUAAGACUUGCGACUUCUAUGCAGUUUCCGUAACAGUUGUCUGCCCAUC